UUUGCCCGGUCCUUUCUUAAAACUCAUUUUAAAUAUGUUGCUUGGUUACUAGACCUAUUUUAUAGCUCAUUACGUAAUUAACAUAUAAAUUUGCAAGUAAUGUAAAGGCAUUUUAAGAACACGUGUUAUAAUGCAUGAAUGUAUUAGGCGUGGUUAACAAACAAACUUUGUCAGGCCUGUUAGUUUACGUUUAUUUUCUUUCCUUAGAUAUUGAGUAUGUUUAUCUCAGCUAGCUACAUAAUUUCAUGAAGUUGUUUUAUAUUUAUUACAGUGUCAGCAGACAAAGGUUACGGUAUUUUGUCAUGUUUCACAAGUCGAGGCUAGACAAGUCUAAACGUAUCUUAUUGUAGUGGAUCAAUAAAGGCUCAAACAGACAACCUGCGUUUGUUAAGAUAUUGGACGCUACACAAGGUUUUCCAGAGGCCUCACGGUGUCAGGUAACAACAUAAGCUCUCAGUGACCUCACAAUAUGAGCUCACAGAGACCUCACCAAUAGGUAAAAAAUAAUUAGAUCAUUACACUGUAGCUACAAAGCCUUCACAGAGACGUCACAGUGACCUAAAUCAUAACCCAUUGUAUGAGCUCAUUGUAAGCUCACUGUGAUGUCCCUCUUGACUAGGGCCCUCAAUGACUACCGGCGUCAAGGAGUACAUUACACACUUUGCGGAUGGCGGAUUCACUUUAUCGCCCCUUGGCCUAUUAAACCUUAGCAUUCCGGUCACGUCUACAUAAUAAUGCGUCCUGUCGACGACCGGUUAUCCCAGGCUGGCAUGCGUCCAGUGCCGCACUAUUUACGUUGAGAAAACCUGAUAUAGAUUAACGAGACUCGUGAAUACCGUGGUCCAUGAUGCUCAAAAUGGCCAAGGUUGCUCAACUUUGUAGGGACUAUCUUAGGAUUACCCAAUCAUUUCCGGUGCUAGCAAGAAAUAUUCAAUCUUUGAAGAGUGAGGUCAAUGGUCCGCUACUUCGAUUCGUUACGGGCUUUCAACCUGUCCGAGCUUUUACGAAUAAAGUUCUGCGUUUGAAGAAGAUGCCAAUAGAUUACCCGGCGGUAACUGGAUCCGAACACUGGAGGCGAAAAUCGCGCACGAUAUUCAAGUGUCUAGAUUCAAACGCUGACGGCUACCUUACUAAAGAGGAUUACGUGUCGAGUGCUAAGAGAGCAACAGAGUACUUGAACCUAGAUGAUGAGCAAGCUGAACGCAUUCUAAACAUACGCCUCAACUUUUGGAAACUUCUUGCGCAGGAUUCAAGUGAUGACGAGUCGUUCCGAGUAUCUGAGGCGGGCUACGUGCAGAGCUGUAUAUCGGUCGUCAACCAGAGCACAUUCAGAUUAGAAUUUUACCCCAAACUUCUCUCCAUGGAAUAUGAUGCCAAGGACUUUGAUGGCGAUGGUUUAUUAUCUCAAAAGGAAUUCGCUGCCAAUUUUUACAGCUUGCGAAUACCCGUUGAAAAUGCAAAAAGGGCAUUUGACUCAAUAGAUAGCAACAGAGAUGGAAUAAUAUCGUUUGAAGAAUAUGCCCUUGGUUAUACCGAGUUUACGUUUACAGAGGAACCAAAUAACAAAUAUAAUGAGUUUUUUGGUCCACUGGUUGACUAAGUUCCUAUACUUUUACUGCGACGAAAAUGGAGCCUGGAGAAAACUGCAGUGCACACGCACACUUCUGAGAAAAAACAAUUGCCAAGAGAAAAGGGUUAAAUUUAAACAAACCAUUGACAAAGAUCCUCAAGUUCAAAAAGGGGAGUAGUGCCGGUUAACAAGAGUAAAUUAAAGAAUGAGAACAAGGGAAUGUGAUGGACCAGAAAUGAAUAACAUUCAUAUCUGAAUAUUAAUUCGGGGGAAGGCGCGGUUAGUUCGCCCCUUUUUUAUAGAAAUUGAGAUGGAGGGAAUACUUUUACCUCCAGAUUCCUAUAUUUCUUUCAGGAGGAAGAUCAUUUAUAUACCUUAAAUGGUUUAAGUAACAAAAGUCCACUGUAAUUUUUUUCAGAGUAAAUUCGAUCAGUUUUAGAAAUGUCUUGUCCAAGAGUGUGAACUUGCCCCACCCGUCUGCACACCCUUUGGGCCAAGUUUGCACGCAUAUUGAAAUCCACAAAACAUGAAUUUUUAUCCAUUUCUAUGCAUUUUACUCGAUGAAACUGAGCGACAGCAACUAAGGCAGUCAGCAUUAAACCACACUGCAGUAAAGCCCACCUCUGGCUUAAUAUACAACUGAGCUUAACAAUAACAACAACAUCACAAACAAAAGCACAGUCGCUGUGACCGAAAUACCGGUAUUAUAAGAUGCACUAAAAAUAUUUUAUCUCUAAUAUGUCAAUCAACAAUAAAUUAUCUACACAUUGUACCCCCUGAUUAUUAUGAUAGAAGUUUAGUAAUUGCAUUAGUUUGAAAAUGUCGUUUCUAUAGUCUCCAACGGAGUCACCGUUGUGACAUAUAGCCUAUCUAUUACCCAAAAGAAUGUAUGUAAGGCAGUAAAUAAGAAGUUUUGGCGAAAGGUUACAAUAUCCUUAAACACUUUUAUAUGUGGCUAUAUAAGAUACACAAGAACAACGAUUCUUUAAAGAGAAUAUUUUUUAUUAGAUAUAAUAUUCUUGUUUAUUCAUUGUAGUAUAUUGUGAUUUUCGUAAAGUUAAUAAUCAUUUGAAGCAGAA